CUUCUGCCCACGGCCACCACCCCCCAGGCACAAAGCGAACAACGCACUUGCCUUCCUUUGUUUUACAUUUUGCGAGUGCUGAGAAAGAGGAGCAAGUUGCUCCUCCUGCUCCGCCCAUUCAAAUGCUGUGGACGGUGCACCUGGACGGUGGGCCGCAGCGGGUCAAUCACGCGGCGGUGGGCGUGGGCGACUUCAUCUACAGCUUCGGCGGCUAUUGCACCGGCUACGAUUAUCGCUACAACGAGCCGAUCGAUGUGCAUGUCCUGAAUGCGCACACAAUGCGCUGGUCGCUGGUUCCCCAGCAGCUGGACGCCGCGGGAGCGCCGCUCAAGUAUCCCCAGGUGCCCUUCCAGCGCUACGGCCACACGGUGGUGGCCUACAAGGAGCGCAUUUACAUUUGGGGCGGUCGCAACGACGAGAAUCUCUGCAAUGCCUUGUAUUGCUUUGAUCCCAAGACGGCCCAGUGGUCGAGACCGCAGGUCACAGGCUGUCUGCCUGGCGCCCGUGAUGGCCACUCGGCCUGUGUGAUCGGCAACAGUAUGUUCAUCUUUGGCGGCUUCGUCGACGAGAUCAACGAGUUCAGCAGCGAUGUGCAUAGCCUCAAUUUGGACACCAUGGAAUGGCGCUAUGUUCAGACCUUUGGCGUGCCGCCCAGCUACAGGGAUUUCCAUGCGGCUGUGGCCUACGAGCAGGAGCGCAUGUACAUCUUUGGCGGCCGCGGGGAUAAGCAUAGUCCUUACCACAGCCAAGAGGAGACCUAUUGCCAUGAGAUUGUCUACCUGGACAUGAAGACCAAGGUCUGGCAUCGACCAUUUACGGCGGGCAAGGUGCCCGUGGGCCGUCGCAGUCAUAGUAUGUUUGUGUACAACAAGCUGAUCUACGUUUUUGGCGGCUACAACGGGCUGCUCGAUCAGCAUUUCAACGAUCUGUAUACCUUUGAUCCGCGCACCAAGCUCUGGAAUUUGAUAAGGGGCAAUGGCAAGGCGCCGACGGCUCGCCGCAGGCAGUGCGCCAUUGUGAUGGCCACCCGGAUGUUCCUGUUCGGCGGCACGAGUCCCAGGAGCAGCAGCAGUAGCUCUGGAUCGAUCAGUUCCCCAGCAGCAGCGGAAGCAUCUCAGCCAGAAACUGGAGCUGCGGCCACAACUGUGCCGCCCGGCGUAACGCUCAUCGACUACAGCGAUCUGCAUGUGCUGGACUUUGAGCCCACUUUGAAGACCCUAGCCACGAUGGUGGUGCUAAAGCAUCAGCUGGACAUCUCGGGGCUGCCCAGGAGCUUUCGUUCCGAUCUGCAGAUGCUCACGCAGCCGAACAGUAUUAGCCGGCCCAUCAAUCAGGCCGGCUAGCAUCUAAAAACCUAAAAAAAAACCAACUGUCGACUGCCACAAACGAAAGAAAACGCAUCACGGAGCCACUAGUCCGGUUCCUGGUAUUCUAAAAACCAUUGGAGGAGCAAGC